AUGAUUGAAGGAGCAGCUUUGAAGAUAGCCUCUUUCAAUGUUAGAGUGUUUGGAACAAAGAAAAUGGCAGAUCCACUUGUUAAAGAUGUCCUGAUAAAGGUGAAUUUUAUGUUAACUGCCAUUAUCAUCUUUUAAAUCGUCACGGUUUAUUGCUGUUACGACCAUUUCGAAACCUCGUGUGCAUCCUUUCUUUUUCAGUUACAAGCACCCUUUUGAUAGUUCUUGCUGAACUCAAUUCAAGCCGGGAGGUCGGGCGAAAUUUAAGGGUCUUACGGGUCAUUUGAUAGGUUAUUAGGUGAGAGUGAACGCAAGAAAUUAAACGGGCGAGGACGGGCUGGAGACAGGGCAGCGUCCCUUUUUCCGCCCUUCUUUUGAAAAUUUUUCCGCGCUCUCUUUUCUUGCUUUUUAAUUUAAUCUAGCUCGCGAUCGCUUUUCCACGAAAUGAGAGCCUAGAAAAGGCUAAAAAACUUGUCUCAUUUUUAUGCUUUUGUCUGUUCGGGUUUUAUCAAGAGAGUUAAAAGGUCAACACAUGAUUGAUUCACAGUUCGACUUUCGUACCAUCGAUGGAAACCGAUACAAAGUCGUUUCGAUGCAAACUCAAGCAGUGAAAUUGCAAAAAUCUUUCGUUCACUUCAAGUAUAUUUUUGCGCGUGAACAAGAAAAACAUUUUGGGUUAAUAAUACUCUUCGUUCUUUAGUCAAGGACGUGAAACUAUUUACCGUAAAAUUCCGAAAAUAAGCCCCUCCAUGUAUAAGUCCCCCAAACUCGUAACGCAUAAAAAACCCUCCGUUAAAUCAUUUCCAAAUAAAUUGGGGCUUGUACUUGGAAAUUGCCCUCAAAUACAAAGUAAAACAAAGCAAAAACGGUAAAUUGCCUUUUAACUAUAUAUAUAAGGCUAGCCCAAUUGAUUUCCCUCCAUAGAUAAGCCCCUCCGAAUAAAAGCCCCUCAAAAAUAAGCCCCUCAAAAAAAGGCCUUUGAAAAAUAUAAGCCCUGGGCCUUAUUUUCUUAAUUUUACGGUACUCCGCGACUUUUAUCGAAACAACCCACCACCAUACUAUCAAUUCGUCUGAACCAUUCAGUAUACGGAUGUCUCAUUUUUCAGAUCAUUCUGAGAUAUGAUAUUAUACUCAUUCAAGAAAUUCGUUCCACUAAUGACGAUGCAAUUGACGAACUGCUGGAGGGUGUCAACAGGUAAUAAAUGGUUCCUUGAGUAGCGUGGUUUAUAACUUUGUCGAAUUCAGUAUGCGUCGCACCUACAAAAGUAGAUCGCCCGUAUGUCGCUUUCAUAGCGCGAUACCAGCCUGCGUAGAUAGGCGUUCCCCGUCCCCCGUCCCCCCUCUUCCCUUUUUUAUUUCGAAAUAGUUUACAGUCGAACGGUUUAAUCCCGGUGGAAACCUGUUCCGUGGGGGAGAAAUGAAUGCGUGACGAAUGAACCCCAAAGGAUGUUUGCGGGGAGGCUAGUUUAUUAGGGACAGUUUUCGUUUUUUUCCAACGAAAAGCUCAAUGUAUAAAUUAUUUUCAUAUGAAUCUUUCGCGGUAUCUUUACACUGUACGUCUAUCCUUCUGAAGCGGACGUCCGAUAGAACGUUUAAAAUGAAAUAAAAUAAAAUAGAUAACGAUUCGGAGGUAGCACAUUCACAAAAUGGUUCUUCGUCUACCUGAUUCCUGGUCGAAUUAGAAUUUGGAAAUGUUGUUUUUGAGGAGAGGAGAAAAACGGAGUACCCGGAGAAAAAACCUCUCGGAGCAAAGGAGAUAACCAACAACAAACUCAACCCACAUGUGGCGUAGACGCCGUGAAUUGAACCCGGGCCACAUUAAGGGGAGGCGAGUGCUCUCACCACUGCGCCACCCUUACACCCUUUUUUUCGGUCAAACUCCGUCAAUUUUAUCGAACUUGGAAUACUGUGAACUUAACUCACUCGGCGCAUGAAAAAUUCGAGAUUUGGUCUUAGCCUAAAGAGACGCUAAAACCUGCAUUGAGCCCCCCCCGCCGAACUCCUUAAUGAGAGGACAAGCAUCCCCACUCAUUUCAUAAGGAGACCCCCCUCCCCAUAAGUACGAAUCCUCCCUUCGGAAGGAAGGGCUGUAAAGAGAAAAGAGAGAUAGCUUUAUUGUAUAACUUGCAGAUUCUCGUCUACACCCGGGAUUUACAAGAUGGCUUUAAGCGCUAGACUAGGACGUACAAACAGCAAGGAACAAUAUGCAUUCAUAUACAGGUAGUAAUGAUCAUGAUGAUGAUGAAGAUAAUAAUAAUCAUAAUAAUAAUAAUAAUAAUAAUAAUAAUAAUAACGCAAUCUUAAAGCAAGGGGUACAAAUACACCAACCCAAGGCCUGGCCAGUACCUUACGCGUGCACACAGCCAUAUCAGCCGGGCAGUGGCAGCCAUGGACAGCCGUUUCGCCCUUAUUGAAGUUCAUCAACACGGCAUAGUAUGACGUUUUCACCAUUUUGAGGUCAAAUGCUGGAUUGGGGUCGGACUAAUUUUGAAUUGCACCAUGGGACUCUUUUUUUUGCGACAUUUGUUGGUAGUGUCUAGAAUCACGAGCCUCUUGCAUGCUACAGUGGAUACCCCAAAAUCAGGCUGGACACCUUAUGAUUAUGAAACAACGACUCUGGUAGAGAACCAUUAAAAAGCCACUACGAAAAAACCAUACUACUGUCGUUUGAAUGGGUAAAGCUUCAAGUAUGCUUUGUUCGUCUUUGCUACUUCUUUGUACUAAAACGUGUAAGAGGCAAGGAUAGGAAAUCAAUUAACUCUUUUGUUCUUAUUUCUCUUCAUUAGAAGCGACAGGGUGUCUCAUACGGACGAUUACGUAUUUGAUGAUGGCGAUGAAAGCACAGGAAAGGACAAAUUUGAACGGGAACCUUUCAUCGUGAGGUUCAAAGGAUUUCAUACGUGUAAGAUGAGCAUUUUCGCUACGUUUAUGGCAUGUAAAUUUUGAGCCUGGAACAGGCCACAGAAAGGAUGCUAGUCAAAAAGAGAUAGAUUCUCAUUUGCUUGAGAAAACAGCCGACAUUUUGCGACACCACCAAUGGUUUCCUCGCGAAAUCACGUCUAAGAAACGAGCUCAGAAAUUCCAUAUUGAUGACAGGUCACUACCAAAAUCGCGGUAGUGCUUUGAUUGGAUGAAACAAAUUUUACACCAAUCAGAAGCACUACCCAGAUCUGGGUAGUGACGCGUCAUCAGUAUGGAAUUUCUGCGCUCGUUUCUCAGACGUCAUUUCGCGGGGGAACCACUGGUGGCGUCGCGAAAUGUCGGCUGUUUUCUCAGGCUAAUCUUUUUGAGGUGGGGAAAGAGGGAGGAACUCAGACACACUACAAGUCUUUCCGUAGAGCGGUGGGUCCACUUCUUCUGACUGUAGCUUUAAUUUUAAACCCGCCCCGGGGCUUUUUUCUCCCAUUUUCUAAGGGAAAAGCCCUGCAGACGAGGUGUGUAGUUUUGACCCUCUUAAAGCAACCGGAAAGACGUCUUAGGUCGUUUACUGUAACUUGAACACAAACUAAAGAACCCGCACUGGUUCAAAUAGAUUUGACAAUGAAAUCAAUGUUUCCUCUGUCUCAAUGCACAACCUGCCUCGUCCUUAGUCGCUCGCGAUCGUUUUUUGGGGUUUAUUUGAGUUAAUUAUUGAGGAAAGCGGGGACGAAACGAGUGACGAAAAAGUGAAGCCCUUUUCUCUCUUUUUCCUUCCCAUCACUCCCCGCUCCCUGCUGUGCGCUCAUUCCCAUCAUCCCCCUCUCGCACUUCUCGCUUUACUCCAGCUCUAGCAUGUUCUCGCUUUAUGCUCUCCAUUAAGCCUUGGGAAAGGCUGUGGAGGAGGUAGAUGCGCGGCAAGGUUAUCAUGUUGCUUUCGCCUGUCACCUUCAGUUUGCGGCUUAGAUGUAAAGGUGGACUGGAAGACUGUCGGCAAUUUUUGUUAGCUUUUGACUAAAGUGAGACUAAAAAACAGUAAUUUUAGAUGCGAGUAAGGCUUCCAAAAAUGAUUAAUUAAAUCUCCUGUCCAUAAAGAUGUGACUGAUUUUGUCUUGGCUGCCAUUCACACGUCACCCUCCAAAGCGGUGUCCGAGAUCGACAGACUGGUUGACGUUUACGACGACAUCACACAACGAUGGAAGUUGAAAGACGUCAUGAUCUUAGGUGACUUCAAUAGUGGCUGUAGUUACGUCAGAACGUCUAGUUGGCCAAAGAUAAGGCUCGCCACAGACCGACGAUUUUAUUGGCUCAUUCCUAAUGAUGCAGACACAACCGUGGGAAGGUCUGAUUGCGCGUAUGACAGGUACGUACAAAGCUAGUGAUUCGAUUCGAGAAGUGAACAUAUAUUUAUCUUUUUUUAUUUGAAAUUAAGAAAACGAAGAAUUAUUGAAUCCUCCAUGCAGCUUUUCUCAGAGGGAAAAGACUAGAUAAUUAACGUAGCUGGCCGAAGUAUCCUGAUAGAACAGCCGACAUGUUGCCACGCCACCUGCACCGGUUUCGCCACAAAAUGACUGACGGCUGAAGAUCGGAACGACUGCAGAAAUUCCAUACUGUUGACGAGUCACUAACCAGUCUGGGUAGUGCUUCUGAUUGGUCGUGGCGCGAAGGAGAAUUUGCUUCAUACAAUCAAAGGCUCUACCCAUAUCUUGAUAGAUCUGGAUCUGCAGUCGUUUCUCAGACGUCAUUUCGCGUGGAAACCAGUGAUUUGGCGUCGCGAAAUGUCGGCUGUUUUCUCUCGAUCUGCGGGUUAUGGCUGGAGCACCUUAUUAAGACAAGAUCAGAGAAUCAGCCGCACCGAUUAGUUUAAAUUUUACCUCGUAGCUCAACGUGGUUCUAAAUCAUUCUGCUGUCCGCUCAAAUUUUCCAUCCGGUAGCAAAUACGAUCUUCCGGUACCAUCGGCACUAUGCGACGAUAUCAGUAAAGUGCAUCCGAAGGUGUGUCUAUAACCCCAGGGGACGCUUCCUUGAGUGGUUUCUCCCUUGUUGCUCUCCUCUUGUGUCCUUCCAUUUUACAACCUAAAAUUAUUUCACUCAGUGUUAAAAAUUAGUGCUUUGUUUUGUAGGAUGGUUGUUGCUGGUGACAAUAUGAUCAGAGGAAUCUUCGCAGACAGCGCCAAGGUUUUCAAUUAUAAACAAUUUUAUAAUCUCAACCAAGAACAGGUAGGUACAAAAGCCAUUCGCCACUUUGAGGUUGCGCAGGAGAUCAGAUCGAGAUGGUUGUGAAAGUGCAUUGUGGGACUGUCGGGGGACGUAUUUUCAACAUGGCGGCCAAAACGUCCCCUAAAACAGUCCCACAAUGCACUUUGACAACCAUCUCGAUCCGGUCUCCCGCGCAACCUCAAAGUGCCGAAUAAUUACUCACUCUCUUGCCGUAAUAGGCCAUUUCCAAGUUCCCCCGGGCCUCUGUUUCAAAACGAGGUUAAGUGCUCAGCCUUUGAUAUCGAAAUCAUUUUUCAUUCUCAUGCAAAUAAAACUCAUUUUCACAAGAAAGGUUGAGCACUUAGCCUCAUUUUGAAAGUGAGGGUUUUUGGAACUCGGAAGAGGCCUAUUAAGGCAAUGUUCACACUGUACCGAACAGCUGUUCCACCGCCACGAAAUUCAUACCAUAUAGGGCUUCUGUUCACACACAAGAGCAAUAGUGGCGGCGCGAUUUCUGUGACGGAGCGAAGCUGCGCCGUGCCCAUCUCUAAGGUAGAGUCACAUGUCUGAUACUGGUGUUCACACUACAUCGGGCAGCUUUUUUGGCACCACGAAAAGCUAUCCGGUACAAUCCUUUAAGGUUAAGUGAAAGGUGUUAUCCGGUCUCUUGCGGUGCAUCGCCAGUCACUCGCUUUUCGCGCUCGCCUUUACGAUGCGAAAAACGAAGCGCCUGAGGAGGAGGAGGCUGGCAUUAAUACUAGAUUUGAGUACUAGACAAACUUUAUCUUCAAGUGAAAACAUCCUUGUCAAAAAUGGAGAAGGGGGUGGGGGGCGCCAUUAGUCUGGUUGGCUGGGGUUCGUUAGGAGGUAGGGAGGAGUGGGGGAAAAAACAAACGCGCGGAAUGCAAAGCGCCUUAGGCAUUCUUAAGUGAGGAUUAUCCCUUCCCCUCUCCUUUUUAACUCCUGUUACACAGGCUAAGGCAAAUCAAGAGGACACUCUAUUACAUAUUUUCACUCGAUCAUCUUUCGACUGCAUACAGUAUACAACUAUUACCCGAAUGGCAGGUGAAUAGCGGAAAUAUACUGAGACACGGGGCAUCAAGUUAUGUAUCAAGCUCCGCUAGAUAAUAAUAAUAAUAAUAAUAGUAAUAAUAAUAAGCUUUAUUUAUCCAUCUUUAAAAAUAACAUAAAUAAUGGAUUUACAUAAUUAAACAUACAUAUGUGUAUUCCGUUCCAGGAGUUCAGAUAGUGAAUAGUUGCAAGAAAAGGAGCGGCGUUUUUCGAAAGUCCCAGACAACGUUUAGGGCCUGAAGCCAAUCUAAAGAACAAAGCGCGGGUCCUAGCUAACAAACCAGCCCAUUUUGUGUUGUUAACCAAUAGCUUUAUUACCUGCAAAACUUUUGAAACCUUUAUUGAAAGCACUAUCUUAAAUGUAAAGGAAAAAGCUUUCGGAGCCCGUUUUUAAUUUUCGUGACUUUCGAGAAAAGCCGGCCCCAGGGAAGACGAGAAAGGUUCAAAAGAUGGUAGCCCAGGGAGCAAGUGAAAUCUUUCGCGGCGAGUGCAAAAUGAAAACAAGGGAAAUACUAGGAGAUACUAGGGGUUUUCCCUCGUCACUUUUUCGCCCUCGCAUCUGGAACAGGCUGAGCUUGAGUCACAUGAACUUAGACAAGCAAACUUUGCUUAAAAGCUGGCGUAAUCCUGGGUUGAACUUAAUCAUCUUUCGAGAAACCAAGCAAUUAACGUAAUGAACUUUUUUUUCCUAGGCUGAGGACGUGAGUGACCACUUUCCUAUCGAAGUACAGUUUAAAGAUUCCAGUAAGUCGUCUAGUUUCCUUCAGUAAGAGGGUAUGCUUAUAUAUGCGUUCGUUUCGGUCAAUAAAAUGCAAAGCGAAAAAAAGAAAAAAUGCAAAAAAGAACGAGGACAAUUGUCCAGCUAUAUUGACCGAACAAGCUUGGUUAAUAAAGGAUUUAUUGUAUGCCAAAAAAGAGAACAGAUAUUAUAUAUAUUAUUAUAUAUAUAUACCCACUCGAGUAGCCAAUCAGAACGCAAGAUUUGCUUUAUCUUGCCCGCUCGCGGACAAUGGCGGAUUCAGCCACAUAAUAAAAUAAAGUAUAGUCGAGGUGCACCUGAUUAAACACAGUCGAAGCUCUCCUUGCGAGCACUCUCGUAAAAAGCGACCAGCUCAAGUUGCGACCACCUUUGCGAAACCCCGUUUGAACUGCGACUUAAACUUUGUAAUGAAAAGCGUACCCAACUGGACUUUUCCUUUGUUGUUAAGCUCUCGUAAGCGACCACUCUGCGACCACUCAGAGUCUUAUUCAUAUCAUCAACUCUUUAAUGAAACUGCCGACACUAGCUGCGCAAACGGUCUAAAAAAGUGGACAUAGAGUUUAGCCGUGUCAGAUAUAAAGAAACUCAUUAAAUAUUAAUUUCUUUUGUUUUUAAUUUAUGAAUUAUUAAUGCAUUUCUAAAGCUUUCAUAAACGACCACCAUCUAUAGUUUUACCAUACGGUGGCUUUCGAGAGCUCAUUUUCGCAAGCGACCAGCUCUAGUCACUACCACUUUUUGUAAUUUCCGAGGUGGUCGUUUACGAGAGCUUUGACUAUACAUUCAAGAGAUAAUUACUUGACUUACUUAAGAAAUUACUUGUAAAAAACAAAAUAACAGCUUGUCGUCCAACAGAUAUACCUCUCAAGCAUUAUAUUAAAAGUUACAAACAACAAAAAGGAACUUUGAGAAACUGUUAGGCUAACAAGUUUUCAGAAAACCACAAUUGCAAUCGUUUCAAUCUUUAUUAAAAUUCUUCAAAAUUUGUCGAUCCAUGCCUAGUUUUUGCUGUGUUAUUAUACCGUCUUUUCAAGUCAGUUUUCAGCAGUUAUUGAAAAUGGUUCACUAAAAUUUGGUGGCGGCUCCCAUUGUUCCAAUUUUGAUAAACUUCCUGACACAGUUUCUCCAGAAACUGUCGUUUUUUCAGGACACUACAUAUUUAAGGAUUAGAAGCUUCUCAAUAAAAUUUUUCUUUUUAUUUUAGCUUUCAGAGACGAGGAAGAAUUCUUCUCAGAGUCUAUUACAGUCACUAACCAUGACGGCAAAAUGGCAAAAGUCUCCAAGUAUUUCCUCUACUCCUUGCGCUCAACUAAAGAGAACCCACUUCUUUCACAGGGUUUCACUUUGAACACCAUCUAUACAGAAAAGGGAGCGAUAAGCGAAAUAACUAUUGGGAAACCAGUCGAUACGGCUGACGUGGCGAAAGAAGUCAUUGAUAAGUUAGGCAAGGUCUUUCCCAGCUUGGUGUCUAACUCUCAGGUAGCUGUGAGCGGGCGACUUCUUGGCAGAAUUGAACGCUAUCAAAGAGUCCACUGUUCUGUUGAAGAAUCCAGUGAGGCGGUAUUCCAAAUGCUUUCAAAUCAAUGCAGUGGUUUGAAGAUACCGAGGAUCACCGGAGUACAGCUCGUAUGCAGUACCUCGAGCCUUUCUUGUAAGAUUGCCAUUACAGCGGAUUUGAGUUCAUUUCGUUUGUGA